GCCGCGUCCCCGCCCCUCCGCCAUGGCCGAUGUGGAGGACGGGGACGAGCCCGGCGCCCCCCACUUGCACUCGGGCUCUGCGGGCUCCAAGGCGGGCGCCCCCGACAAGAUGUUCUCGCUGAAGAAGUGGAACGCGGUGGCCAUGUGGAGCUGGGAUGUGGAGUGCGACACCUGCGCCAUUUGCCGGGUGCAGGUUAUGGAUGCCUGUCUUAGAUGUCAAGCUGAAAACAAACAAGAAGAUUGUGUUGUGGUUUGGGGAGAGUGCAAUCAUUCCUUCCACAAUUGCUGCAUGUCCUUGUGGGUGAAACAGAAUAAUCGCUGUCCCCUCUGCCAGCAGGACUGGGUAGUCCAGAGAAUAGGCAAAUAAAACCACUGGAAUGUUU